AAGCAUUUUGUAUCGAAGAUCUCGACACUUCACUCAAGAGUAGUCCCGGUAUCGGUUAUUAGUGGCCAUCGUCAAAAUAGUUAAAACGCUUUCGCAGUAUUCGAAAUUUACGGGGGACCGUGCCCAGAGAAUCGGUGUUUCAGGACCUCCGUAAAUGGAUCGGCAUUUACGUGACUGCAUUGACGCACGACCAGCCAUAGCGAUGUGAUCAAAAUUAGCUGAAAUAUAAGAGGGAUUGGUAGUUCCGCCGUGCUCAGUAUCUGAUGUGAUGAGCCAAUGGAAAGGACCUGAUAUACUAGCAUGAUAGUAUAGUGUAGCAUACGCAGUUACUCGUUAAGCACAUGCUAGAAACAGGCGCUCGUAUCAUUACCUGCUUGGCACUUAACCCGGUAAUGAGCGAAGUGCCAACCGCGAUUUCGUCAACCAUUACCAGCAAUCUUAAUGUUUGGGUAGUUGUCUCAAUUAAUGUCGCCCGCUCAGUUACAGAAGGGCACGCUGUACGAGUGCUGCAUGAUUUCGUUUGAUAUAUAAUUUGUGAAAAAAACUGCACCUAUGAUAUUAUCGUGGCCUUUUUUACUUCUAUUUAUUGCAACUGUUAAGACUCAGCUCCUUGCUCCACCCGGAAAGACACCGGCGAUUGUUUUGUCAAAACGAAUCCUUCCAAAUGGCGAUAUUGAAGUUGCUGUGCCUUAUUCAGAAACAUUUGUGCGAAAUGGCGAACGCGUCGCAUAUGUGUCACAAUACCAAUGCGUACGAACUUUGUUUACAGGCGGAAGAGCCAGACAAUACCGUGAAAAAUGUAUUCCAAGAGUAGAGAUUAUCGGAACAUUAGCCACAUCAGAGGAAUCACCACAAGGAAUAACACCAACAACAACAAUGGAACCUUUACCGACAACAACGACAGCGGCAACAACGACGACGACAGCAGCAGCAAUAACAGCAGCAGCAGCAGCAGCAGCACCAGCAGCAGUAGCAGCAGCAACGACUCUUCCAUCAUACCCGCACGUCUGGCCAUAUCCGUGGCCAUAUCCCUACCCAUAUGUGACACCGCUGUCAACAACAACGACACCUCAAGCGCGAUAUAUUUACCCCCCAUACAUGGAACAACAACAACAGCAGCAGGAUUCCCCCAGUCAGUCAUGGUAUCUCAUACUUCGACGCAUUGGUUACCCUGAUUACGUCUUACCGUAUCCAUCGACUUUAGCGGGAAAAUGAUUCGUAGUUUUCUCGAUUAUUAUCAACGACUCCAGAUGUGACUGGAUUAAGUUUAUCUCCUGAUGCUAAUUUCUGCUAAUCAUUAUUACUGCGACUAACUCUAACUACAACUAAAGCCUGAUUGAUUAGUUACAAAAGGAUUAUACGCGACGUCUAGCGUCUAUAUUCAUAAGGAUGUGUGAGUGAUUUCGACAGUUACAGGAAGAGCAACCACCUCAAACGCAAAAGAUGCCGACACGUAUCUUGCUAGUAUAGAUUAGGUCGCAUUGGUUAUAGAUUGAAUUGUACGGAACUGCAAGGUACACUCAACUGAAAUUUUUAAGGCGCGUCGGAAUAAGCAGUGGCGAAAGAGGUCCGCAGCUCUCCGCAGGCUCCGGCAGGGUUAAUUUUAAUUUGCAACUAAUGUUUCCGAUUGGGUAGAAGUUUUAUCCCAGAAAAAUGUAUUAAAACGAUCAUUCUAACAAUAGGAUCAAACUGAAAGAGCAGAGCAGUUUUUAUUAAAACACACUAUAUGCACGAAGCCCCGCUUGCAGAACCGGCAUACUGUUGAUCACACGAGAUACUGGACUACUAAAAGGAUUUAAGAAUAUCGCACAAGACAUUCACAACUGUGAGGAACAAUAAGUCACUUAGGUUUUACGUUAAAUUUAGUCUAAGCGUAAAUGCAUAUGAGUCAUAUGAUGAUUCAAUUGAUUAAAGAUGAGGACUAGUGCUGUAUCUGUUUUAUGAUCCGGUAAAUAAACUCAGAUUAACUUGCAAAAUCA